CCUUAUACUGGUCCUGCAAUUCUUUUAAAUUUUAGUCUAAUCUCUCUCUCUCACUCUCUCUCCGGCGGCUGAAACCUAAUGUCAGCUACUGCGGCGGUGCUUCGCCCAAUACAUCGCCAUCUCACACAUUUACGAGCUUCGCAAUCGGAAGGAAUUUUUCCUUACCCACUCCGCCUGGAGAUUAGGAAGCUUCCUUCCUCAGGAAGAAGACGAUGUCUAAACGAGAGGCAAGCGCCCAUUGCCGGAGCUUCAGCAGCUUCUACUGGAACUGGAGCAUACAGGACAACAGAGGACAUCAAAGCGGAGCUUUACCUGGCAUUGCAAGGCACAAAUAGAGGAAUAUUUGGAUUGACAUCUGUGAAGAAAUUAAAGAUAGAGGAGCUGGUGGAGCAGCUGGAGCUUAGGAAUCCCACACCAAAACCAACUGAUCACCUGCUUUAUAAGGUGAAUGGAAGCUGGAAGCUCAUCUACAGUACUAUAACAAUACUUGGAUCUAAAAGAACAAAACUCGGCUUACGCGACUUCAUCAGCCUAGGAGAUCUCUAUCAGACAAUAGAUGUACCAAAGGAGAGAGCCAUUAACGUGAUCAAUUUCAGUGCUAAGGGCUUAAAGCUUCUCACAGGACAACUAACCAUUGAGGCAUCAUAUAAAAUAGCAUCAAAGACAAGGGUCAUCAUCAAACUUGAAACUUCAAGCAUCACUCCAAAGCAGUUAAUGAAUUUGUUCCAGAAAAACUACGACCUUCUGAUUGACAUCUUCAAUCCUGCUGGCUGGCUUGAUAUAACAUAUGUUGAUGAUUCUUUGAGGAUUGGAAGGAAUGACAAAGGCGCCAUCUUUGUUUUAGAGAGAGCUGCAGAACAGUCGGUCUAGAAAUCAUUAGAAGAUGUGUAAUGACACAAAUUUUACAGGCAAAGAGGCCUAUCACUUUACAUGUAAUUCAUGAGAAUAAGAUUGCAAUGCAGCUCAAAUAUUCUUAAAAAUUAAAAUUUUAUUGGCAUUUAUGCUACAAGAUUGUG